GCAACCGGUAGUUGAGCUGGUGUGAGCUGAGCAGUGCGCGCGCAGCCAGAAGCCACUCGGUUGAGGCUGUACAAAGGGGGAAGGUAUAAGAUGGAUGACUUCCAGGGCUCUGAGGAGACCUCAUUUGUUGUAGAUGAAGUUAGUGGGAUAAUUAAAGAGUCUAUAGAAAGUGCAAUUGGUGGUAAUGCUUACCAGCACAACAAAGUAAACCAGUGGACCAACAAUGUUGUGGAACAGACUUUGAGUCAGCUUACAAAAUUGUCCAAGCCAUUCAAGUACAUUGUGACAUGUGUAAUUAUGCAAAAGAAUGGCGCAGGGCUUCAUACAGCAAGCUCAUGUUUCUGGGAUAACUCCACUGAUGGAAGCUGUACUGUAAGAUGGGAGAACAAGACCAUGUACUGUAUUGUCACUGCCUUUGGACUUGCAAUAUAGCCUUUUCAUAUCAGAACUUUGUGUGUUUGUUUUCUCUGCUUUGUUUUUUGUUUUUUUCUCUUUAAUGCCAAGUUUUUACAUUUUAUUAAAGUAACAGGCUGGUGGUUGUUCAACAGUGCAAUGACUGACACAUAUCUAAAGCUGAUGUCUUCACUUACAUUUUUCUAAGGUGCUACAACCAAAAAGUGCCACUUGAUAAUCUUUCUUGAAUAUACUUUUUAAUACACUAAUUAUAACAUGUAUUUCUUUACCUAGUACUAAUUAAAUUAUUACGUCACAUUUUAUAUUUUCUUCAUUUAUUCUUAUGGCACAGUGAUGUUCAUGGGGGGAAAGCAAAUAUAUUUAAUUUGCUUUUGUUACUACUCUUAAUGAAUUGAGCAAAAUAAACUGUGAAAUGACACUGAA